CAAAGUUCAACAAGGCAUAAGCCUUGGUGGUCCUUAACAACCCCAAAAUAAACAACAACAAUAACACGUGCAACUUGAGUAUUGUCAGGAAAAACUUGAAGUUCAGUACACGUACAGAACAAGAAAAAGUCUUCAGAUACACAAAUACAUAUUGUGAAGAACGAGAUGGGUAUUUUGGAGAGAAGAAUGAAGAUAUUUUACAGGAAAACCAAGAAAGGAAACAUCAUGAAGAUUGUUCGAGAGCAUUACCUCCGUGAUGAUGUUUGGUGUGGAUUAGCGGGAUGUGGCAUCUGCAAGGCAGAGCAACCUGUCUUAGAGAUGGUUAACAGUAGUAACAGUACUCUUGUCCCCUUGGCUCACUUCAUCCUCAUUGACACUAAUGUGGCCCUCCAUCAGGUAUAUGGAAAUGUGUACAGUUGUUUGAAAUAUUGGUGUAUACUGUACUUAUUUUUUUAUUUUGAUUUUUCUUCCCUCAUGAAAUAUUCAGGAUUACUGGAUAUUGUGGCCAAGGUGGAAGAAGAAAAAGAUGAAGAUGCCAGUCAUCAAAACUACUUGUACACACCUCAUUGGUCACUGGAAAAAAUACGUGCUGCACUCAAGGCUGGUAAACUUAGGCAGGGGGUAUUGAAGACAUCACGCACUAACUUCCUUGAAGCCAAUGUAAUGAUUGAAGGUUUAGAAAAGACAGUGCUGAUUCAGGGUCGUCUUAACCUAAACCGUGCAUUACAUGAUGAUACUGUGGCAGUUCAGAUAUUUCCUGAAGACCAGUGGUCCACCCAUUCAACUGUUGUAAUUGAUCAAGAAAAGCAAGAAGAGGAGAAACGAGGAUGUAGUGAAGAUGAAGAUGCUGAUGAAACCACCCUAAAAGAGGAGCAGGCUCUCUUAGCUUCUGGACGUGGAGAAGGAGAACGUCAGCCAACAGGAUGUGUUGUUGGCAUAAUCAGGCGCAAAUGGCGACAGUACUGUGGUAUUAUUAAAAAGAAUGAAAUUACUGAUUCACUACGACACUUGUUCAUCCCAGCUGAUAAGAAAAUUCCAUUCAUUCGUAUUGAAACUAGGCAGCCUGAAAUGUUGUAUGACAAGAGAGUGAUUGUGGCCAUUGAUUCUUGGCCUAGAGAUUCAAGGAACCCCAAGGGUCAUUUUGUCCGCGUGAUUGGAAUGGUUGGAGACAAAGAGGCAGAAAACGAAGUGAUUCUCUUAGAGCAUGACUGUCCAUAUACCAAGUUCUCUGAAUCAGUUCUAAAUUGCCUUCCAAAGAUGCCAUGGGUAAUCACACCAAAGGAUGAGGCCAAACGUGAAGAUUUGCGUCAUUUGGAUGUCUGUUCUGUUGAUCCCAUUGGAUGUACAGACAUUGACGAUGCACUCCACUGUCGGAAACUUUCGAAUGGUAAUUAUGAGGUUGGGGUCCACAUUGCAGAUGUAUCUCAUUUCAUUCGGCCCAACACUGCCCUAGACAAGGAAGCACAAAAUCGCAGUACUACAGUUUACCUUACUAGCCGCCGUAUUGAUAUGGUACCAGGUAAGUGACUUGCUAUGAUUGAU